AAAAUCACCUUGAACUUUGGCCGAAUUUAAUUUUAUCUACACACUUCAAAUAAGUAUAUAGGGAUCACAUGUCGCCUGUGAAAUUUAGAUAUAUAGUUGAAACUCGGUCAAAUUAGUUUAAGGGUUGUUUAUAUAUUAGUACUCAUUUUCUUCUUUACCUUUGGGGUAUUUGUAAGUUAGCGUGGGAAUUAAAGAUGCUGAUCAAACACCACAAUUUCAAGCAGGACUCAUUUAAACACCUACUUUUCUCAAAGAAAAAUUUAGCACUACUCAUUAACAUAAGCAUUCAUGUUUAUUAUUUAAAGAUCGACUGUGUUAAAAAAACGAUUCAGAAGUUGAUCAAGCUGAUGUCAAUUAAUUGCACUAAAUAAGUCGUUUCCUUUUUCUUUUUGGGACAACAGGAGAACAAAAUAAAGUUUAUCAAUCUUUUCUGAAAACAAGGAGGAGUUAUAUAUUUAAAUGAUCUUCCCUUAUAUUAUGUGGUUUUUGCAGGGAUUGGAUGGAAGUGUAAAAGAGACUGCUUAUUUAUCCAUGAAGAAUCCUCGACAAGGAGGGUUUACAGCCACUUUAUUCAUAUUUGGAAUAAUGUUCCUGGAUAACAUAGGAUUUGUGGCAAAUAUGAUGAGUUUUGUUGUAUAUUUUGCAACAGUGAUGCAUUUUGACCUAGCUGGUGCAGCAACUAAUACAACAAACUUCUUGGGUACUGCUUUCUUGGUCACAAUUAUAGGAGGCUUCAUUUCAGAUGCCUACAUGACUCGUCUCAACACUACCUUACUCUUUGGCAUUAUACAAUUAUUGGGGUAUUUACUAUUGAUAAUCCAAUCCCACUCCACAAAACUUCAACCACAACCUUGUGGAGAAUCAACGUGCGUGCAUAGUGGAAAGGCAUUGUUACUAUACACUUCAGUUUACUUAACGGCAUUGGGAGCAGGUGGAAUUAGGGGCUGUAUUCCGGCAUUGGGUCCUGAUCAAUUCGACGAAAACGAUCCGAAAGAGAGCAGCAAGAACAUAUCCAGCUUCUUCAACUGGUUCUUGUUAAGCAUAACUAUGGGAGCAUCUGUUGGAGUUACUGUUGUGGUUUGGGUCAGUACAAAUGUUGGCUGGGAUAAAGGGUUCAUUAUCUCUAUGGUUUGCUGUUUUGCUGGCCUCUGUUUUGUUUCCAUGGGAAAGCCCUUUCAUAAAGUGAGAGUGCCUGGUGAAAGUCCCUUGCUUAGUGUUUUAGUUUUGGUAGCAGCAGCUCGAAAUUGGUCUGUGCAACUACCAACUGAUAAGCGUCAACUAUAUGAGAUACGUGACCCAAACGCUGUUUCUCUUAUACAAGGACACCGCCUCCCUCACACCCACCAAUUCAGAGUACUAGACAAAGCCGCGGUUCAAAUGGACGGCACUGAUAAGCAAGGAAAAUGGAGGCUUUGUCCUGUCACUCAAGUGGAAGAAGUGAAAAUCCUUACCAGGAUGAUGCCAAUCCUUCUAAGCACUAUCAUCAUGAACACAUGUUUGGCACAGCUACAGACAAUCUCAGUGCAACAAGGGACUCUAAUGGACCCUAGCCUUGGCAAGUUUGACGUACCUGCAGCUUCAAUUCCGGUUAUUCCUCCAGUAUUCAUGUCCGUCCUCAUUCCCAUCUACGAAUUCCUCUUCGUUCCUGUAAUCAGGAUGUUCACUGGCCAUCCCACUGGGAUAACGCACCUCCAGAGGGUCGGUGUAGGGCUCGUCCUCUCAGCAAUCUCCAUGGCCAUUGCAGGAGCCGUGGAAGUGAAGAGGAAGAACGAAUUCAACCACCAUAAUCAUCGCACGAGCGUCUUCUGGCUCUCCUUUCAUUAUGCAAUCUUUGGGAUAGCAGACAUGUUCACGCUUGUUGGGCUAAUGGAAUUCUUCUACAGCGAGGCUCCAGCUGGGAUGAGAUCUUUAUCAACUUCUUUCUCGUUUCUGUCGCUCUCCAUUGGAUACUACUUGAGCUCUGCUUUUGUUGAGCUCAUCAACUCAAUCACUUCAAAGCUCACUUCAAACAAGCAAGGAUGGGUUCAAGGGAGAGACAUGAACAAGAACCAUAUUGAGCUGUUCUACUGGUUCCUAGCAAUCCUCAGCUUGCUCAACUUUGGGAACUAUGUCUUCUGGGCCAAUUGGUACAAGUACAAAAAGGACAGUCCUAUCGAUGAACAAAAACUUCUCCAUCCAGCUCUGUCAGUAACCAUGAGUAUGACCUCGCAACAGGCCAUCUCUACAAGUGAAGGUGAACAGAAAACCGAAAAAACUAAAGUUCAAGCAUAA